CAGUUGGCGCCGCGACACGAUGACGUAAGGAAUACAGCGUGUGAGAGGUGGCUCGGUUUUCUACAAGCUAUUUCGGCUUUGUGUGAGAGACAGAGAGUAAGAGCCAUGAAGGACGAGAAAAGUGCGCCUGAGAGUGGAGUGAAGCCGGCGAGUACGGCGGACGCUGCAGCCGAUCUCCGACUCAUACCUGAGUUCGACGGAGCGACUCAGCCUGUCACAGAGUGGCUGGAGAAGGUGGAGCUGGUGUGCCGUCUACGUGGCAUCGACGCGCUGCACGUCGUCGUUCCCCUCCGCCUAACUGGCGGGGCGUUCGCUGUCUAUCAGCAGCUGGACGAGCAGGACAAGGCUGGCUACGAGACCAUCAAAAAUGGCCUGAUUUCGGCUUUCGCAGAGGAUAAGUUUGACGCCUAUGACCGGUUUGAGAAGAUGAAGCUCCGUCGAGGUGAGCCGGUGGAUGUCUUCGUUGCAGAGCUGCGUCGCCUGUCCGGCCUGUUUGGCGGUAUGUCAGACGGCGGCCUAGCCUGCGCGUUCGUGGCAAAACUGCCGGAGACCACCCGCCGUGUGCUUCGUGCAGGAAGCCGCGUCGAAAGCAUGACGCUGAGCGAGCUAAUCAGCCGGGCCCGAGCUGUGCUCGCCGAUGAAGAAGAGACUGCCAUGGCAGGAGCGACGGGAGCAGCAGCGCGGACGUCGGCGGCGCCACCCCUCGUGACCUGUCACUCAUGCGGACAGCCCAACCACCUGUCGCGGGAUUGUCUCGCUGCUCGCGGUCAGCGGGAGCGCGGCGGGGCCCGCGGCGGUCGGCGCAGUGUGCGCUGCUUCCGCUGCAACCGGCCCGGUCAUAUCGCCUCGUCCUGUCCGGAAAACGACGGCGGAGAGGAGGGCUCGGCGCCAGCCUCCUCUCCCGGUCUCCAGUGAGCGGGGCGCUGCCCGUUGUGCGAGUAUCGGUGGACGGCGCCACCUGUGACGCCCUGCUGGACACGGGAUGCAGCUUGUGUGUAGCGCACGUGUCGGUGUGUCGAAAUUGGAAUCGAGACGCAGUGAGCGUGAUGACGGUGAGCGGUGACCGAUACUGGUGCGAGGGAACGGGUGUCGUGGAGGUGCGAUCGCAAUCUGGCGAAUCGGUAUCAGUGCGCGUGCUUGUGGUGUCACGGAAGCCGCUGGGCUUUGAGUUUAUCCUGGGGAUGAACGGCGUGAGUGCACUGGGUGGCGUGACGGUGAGUGCGGAGAACCAUGUGAGGUUCGGAGCUGAAACGACCGGGGUGGCGGCGGUGGCCGAGAGACGGGUGCCCGAGACGGCGCCGGCGGCAGCAGGGGCGGCGGCGGUGGCCGAGAGACGGGCGCCCGAGACGGCGCCGGCGGCAGCAGGGACGGCGGCGGUGGCUGAGAGACGGGUGCCUGAGGCGGCGCCCGUGGCAGCUGAGACGGCGGCACUGGCCGAGUCGACUGCACCCACCGAGGCGGCGGAAUCUGGGUCAGCGGCAAUUGGGGCCCUGACAGUGACCGAGACGCGGGCAAUGGCGGCGCCGGAGGCGGCGGCGGGUAUAUGGCGCGAGGAGGAGAAGGACUUUAUUGUGAGCUACGAUGAGAGCCAGAAAAAGUGGUCUGUGCAAUUGAAAUGGUGUGGGGAUGAGCCAGGACAGUUGUUCAACAAAGCGGAGGAGUACUCAAUACCAUCAGAGGCCAGGCAGGAGUAUGAGCGACAGCUCACAAAGUGGGUGACAAACGGAUGGCUUGUUCCCUAUGACGAGCGUGUCCACGGACAGGCAAAGGGCACAAUACCGCUGAUGGCGGUGAUUCAGCCGAACAAAGACAAAGUGCGCCCGGUCAUGGACUUCAGAGAGCUGAAUGAGUAUUUGGACUCGCAUACGGCUGCCGCAGACGUGUGUAGCGAGAAAAUUCGCGAGUGGCGCCGGUUCGGACGGAACGUGUCGCUUCUGGAUCUCAAAGACGCCUACCUGCAGGUGCAUGUGAGCAAGUCUCUGUGGCCCUACCAGACUGUUGUGUUUCAGGGCAAAAGGUGGUGUCUGACGAGACUAGGGUUUGGAAUCGGCUGUGCGCCGCUGGUGAUGAAAAAAGUGCUCAGCAUGGCUCUCGGGCUGGACCAGAGAAUAGACAGCGCGACAUCCUCCUACGUCGAUGACAUAUUUGUGAAUGAGGAGGUCGCCACCGCAGCUGAAGUGAAGGCCCAUCUCGAGAACCAUGGCUUGGACUGCAAAGCGCCAGAAAGUGUGAUCGAUGGUGCCCGUGUGCUUGGCCUAAGGGUCUGGGGGGAGCGAGACGGGCUGUGCUGGA